CUGUUCUAAGGUUCCUCUGUGGUGUAUCAUUUCCAUGCGUCGUUCAGAUUCGGUUUGCUCAUAUAUGUUCAGAAUGUACAUCCAUCAUGAUUUUUUUGCAGCAAUGGCAGACAGUGCGUCAGAGCUAGACUUGGAGUCUGAUGCGAGUUCAGUUGAUGGAACCAAAGAUUUGCUGGUUACAAAUGAACAGGUUUUACGGCGUAUUGAAUCGCUACAGCAAGAAAAUCGCGUUUUGAAGACUGAAGUCGAAACCUUGAAACUGAAAAUCAAAGGAUUGAAUGAUUUAAAUCAACAAUUGCGUCGAAACAGUGUUAGUAUACAAGCAAAAGCAGAACAAGAGGAGGAGUACAUUAGCAAUACAUUGUUAAAAAAGAUCACUGAAUUAAAGAAGGAAAAAGAAUCAUUGGCGAUAAAUUAUGAACAAGAAGAAGAGUGUCUGACUAAUGAACUCAGUCGUAAGUUCACACAACUGAGACAAGAGAAAGAUGCACUUGAACGAACUUUGGCACGUGAGCAAGAGAAUCAGGUAGGUUCGCCAACACUCACCGUUCAGAUGUUUGUUGCUGUUUAACCCUAGAUAAGAUCUUGGGUAGUAAUAAUCCGGUUGAUAUUUUUAACUCAUUUCCGUUUAUUGAGGAAAAGUCAAUCAUUUUCCCACCGUGUUCGUGGCAAUGUGACAUCACACUGUGGUGUUUUUCAAAC